AUAAUAAUAAUAAUAAUAAUAAUUUUGGUGAGUUCAAAGCUUAUUUUCUUGUCUUCUUUGUUUUUGAUUAAUUUUUACCCACCCUUUCUCCGUCUCUAUGUUUUCCUCUGCAUUGACUUGGCAAUCUACAAGAAAAACAACACGACAAAUCUCAAAUCUUUCAAAACUCUCAAAUUCAAAGCAAGGGAAUGCAAAUAUGUUUUGCUAAAUAUAAGGCCGCAUAGUUUCAGCUGAGAUGUUCUGUUCACAUUGUAGGUCUGGCAAUGACGUUGGAAGUUCUAUCCUGAUUCGAUAUUCUUCACAAUGCAAUUAGUAUCAAAUGAUAGUCGCCAGAAAGAUUUUUCAGAAAGUGAACCCAUCUUAUCCCAAUCUAAUAUUUUGCAGCAUUCUGAAGAAGAAUCAUCAUCCUCUCGUGAAAUUAAAUCCUUAGGAAGGGAUUGUGAUGUUCAUGUUGCUGAGUUAGAGAGUAUUUGCAUCGAUGAAACUAGCCUUCUGGUGAAUCCGGACCAGCCACAGUGCCGUAUAUGCCUUGAUAUUGGAGGGGAAGACUUGAUUGCACCAUGUCAUUGCAAAGGCACUCAGAAGCAUGUCCAUAGGUCAUGUCUUGAUAACUGGAGGUCAACUAAGGAGGGCUUUGCUUUUGCUCACUGUACAGAAUGCAGAGCAAUGUUUAUAUUGCGGGCAAAUGUCCCAGCUGACCGGUGGUGGUUGAGACUGAAGUUUCACUUCCUUGUUGCUAGGGACCAUGCAUUAAUUUUCAUAGUAGUUCAGCUGGUUGUUGCCUUCUUGGGUGUGCUGGUGUACAAGUUCUACGGGGAGGAACUAAGGGAAAUGUUUGGCUAUGAAGAGCAUCCCUAUGGGUUCUAUACUAUGGCUGUUUUAGCAAUCGUUUUGGUGGGUUUGCUCUACGGUUUCUUCAUUGCUAUAAUAUGUGGACAAAGGAUCAAUGAGCGACACUAUCAUGUUCUUGCCAAGCAAGAACUUACAAAGGAAUACGUGGUAUUAGACAGAGAAGCUUGCAAGGAUGUCCCUGAACUAGGAGCUAGUCAUGUCUCAGAACUAAGAAUGCUGGGUCUUUGUUAGUCUUGAAUUUUCUUCCCUUCUGUGUACUCUGUCAUGCUAUUCUGUGCCUGGUGUUGAUAUGGACUACCUGAAUUUAUUCAUCAGUCCAUAGCGUACCUGUUUAAAUUCUGCACUUGAAGGUCUUUCAAUCCUGUAGUUUAUCUCAGAUUUUAUCAUGGCAUUUGAAUUUUUGAGAGACGUCACGCCCGAAGAUGGUCUUUUCUCCAUCAAACUGCACAACCACAGAAGGUGUGGUUUUACUUGUAUAUUUCUGCACACGUAUGUAUUUUGACCAUUGCUGUGUUCUCGGUCAUCAGCUUAAUGAGUUAUAUAUAGUUUUCGUAUAUAACACAGCAUUUUCACA